AUGGAUGCUGAUAUAUUAAAUCCUCUCAUUGAGGUACUCUUCCAUAGUGAAGGUACAGACACUUUGAAUGGGCCCUUAAAAAAACUUUUUGAAAAACUAAAGUUAUUAAAAUUCGUAUUGUUAGCACCCCCAACUGAUAUAUUGUUAAAUUAUCUAGAUAGUUCAAAUAUUACACCUCGGAAUCCCUAUAAUGGGAGUAAUGCAAAACCUUUGGAGGAUUUAUGUAUGAAUAGUUACGAUUUUAUUGCGUCACAUAUAUUGCUAUAUGAUUCUAAAGUGAUUAAAAAUGACCAAUGUGUCAUGGAAUCUAUUAAUGGAAAAACUAUUACUAUAAAAAGAGUUACUGGUAAUGGAGCAUUAAACAACGGCGAAAUGUUAGUUAUUACUCCUAGCAAAAAUUAUAAUACACCUAAAAAAAUGUUAAAAAUUAUUAAAAUGGAUCUAUGGCAUAAUUUCAAUAGUUAUUUACAAGGGAUGGAAAAUUAUCCAAUUUGGUAUAUAGACUAUCCUUUGUAUCCUAAUAUUAUAAAAAAUGAAUUUUUAACUGCUUUUGAUCGAAAACUUAUUGAAACUGAACAAUACUCCGACAUAGCUCAGCCAGUAAAUGACCUAGAGAAUACCACUAAAGAUCAGAAUCAUAAGAUACGAAAUAUAUCUAAAUUAGAACCUGAUAUUAGCCAAUCCGAUAGAGGUGGCUUUACAAAGCUUAUAAAGGAUGAUAGAGUUAUAUGGCAACCUCUUAUUAAUUCAUACAGAGCUACAACUAAACAUAUUGAACAAGCUGAAGGAUUACCACAAGCAAUAGAUGAAAAUCAGACAGACGUUAACAUAGAAAUGGUUCGUGAUAUUAACUGUGAUUUAUUUGAGCAGCUUAAGGAUGAAAAACGAUACAAUUUUUUAUCACACGAUAAUUUGAUGGAGUUAAUAUAUGAAUUUAUCGAAAUUAAGUUACAUGAUGAUAUUUGGGGAAGAAUUAGCUUUAAAUUCACUGAAUCUGAUUUUGAUUUUUCAAAACUAUCUAAUAUUUCAGUUAAUAAACUGCUAUUAAAUUUUUAUUCAACAAAUAAUUUUAAAAAUUUCAAACUACAUGAUAUUGUUAUGAUGGAAAAGAAAAUUUCAAGAGCAGUAACAUAUUUUCAAAAAUUUAUUAAUGGAAUCACUUUUCAGGAAAAAUCUACAGCGUUAAUCAAGACCCUCCAAAUUUUAACAAUAAAUAAAUUAACGGAUGCCGAUACAUUGAUUGGCCUGUUAUCAAUAGUUAUAUGCCGGCUGAAAGUUCGUAAUUUAAAAUCUCACUUGUUUUAUCUUCAGAAUUUUGCUGCAGAUCCAAAUACAAUAAAGUUUGGUAUUUUAGGCUAUUCAAUAUCCACUUUGGAGGCUAUCACAUACUAUUUUGAUCAUAUUUCUCAUUCUCAUAAAGCCGAUUUAAUAGCUUUUUGUGACAAAUUGCAUAACUUGUACGAUACUAUUUUAAAUAAUAUUAAAUCUUUGGACAAUGAUAUUUUAAGUUAUCGAUCUCAGAAUGGGGAAUCCUUAUUAUCAUUAUGCAUUAUUAAUAAUAAAAUGGAUAUUUUCCUAGAACUUCUAACAACCUAUGAGCAUAGCUUCCCAAUAGAAGAUAUUCUGGAUGAUAGCGACUUAAAUGGAUCUAGUUUAUUAAUGCAGGCGUGUAAGUAUAAUAAUUAUGUUGCUUCUGAAAUUUUGGUGACCAUCCUAAAAAAUUCAUGUAAUGAAGAAGAAUUAAGAAUAUUCUUAAAUAAAACAGAUAAGUUUAACAGGUCGGUGGCACAUUAUUUUAACAUGAAGAACUCUAUCUUAAUUUUAACCGAGUUUGGUAAUCUGAUUGAUUGGGAAUUAAAAGAUAUAAAGAAGUUAACACCAUUACUGACAAUCUUCAAGGUACAUAAAGUAAAUUAUAAUGAAAGUUUCAUUAAAAUAUUGUUCAGAGUUGUUCUAACCUGGUACAAAAUACAUAAUAAACCGUUUAAUUUAAAAGCACAUGUAGAUCAGAAUGGAAACAACCUGUUACAUGUUAUGAAAGACUAUAUUAAUUGUCUUAUUGAGAAUCCAGAAUUAUGCGAAACAAUUAACAUAAAUGCCAACAAUAAUAAGGGUUUAUCACCUUUUAUGGUUUAUUUUAAGACAAAUAGAUACGAUAAUAUUAGGAUAAUUUUGAAGAAUCCCACUUUAAUAACAUCAGAAGGUCAACUUCCCUUUUUAAUUACAAGUACCAAUCUUUAUAACUCAAAAGUGAAUCACUUACUAGCCACUCAUUUUUUGAGAACCUUAGAUUUUGCCUACAUUUGUCUUCAUUCUUUGAGGUUCAAUGAUCCAUCAUCAUCUACUUCUGGUACUUCGUUGGCGUGGCUAGUAGAUAUUUCAAUACUUGAAAAAGAAUCUGAAUUCCCAACUAGCCAUCCUAGUAUCUGUAGGACAAAGACCUUAAAGCUGAAAACAAUUAAAAGCUUAUUACAUCAUUUUAUUCGAAAGUAUAAAUAUUCUUCAUUACCACUGAAAAGUGCAUUAGAAUUUUGUAAUGAUCUUAUUAAGUCAAACAAUUCAAUUAGCUGGACUAGCAAUAGGCAUUUUUUACCUCUAUCUCUCUUGAUCGAUAAGUUAGAAAUUCAGUAUAAUCUAAAAUUGAUUUCAAAUUGCUUAAAUUUUUUAUUUAUAACAACUGAUUUUGAUUUUACUCUUUUAUUUGAUGAAUUGAAACUACAAGCAUUUUUAAAAAUUAAUAAUAAAAAGUUAAAGGAAUCUAAUAGUUCUAAUAAGUUUUCCCAUAAAAAUAAUAGUGAUCAAACUACUGAGUUAUCGAAAGCAUAUCAACCAGAAGAUAUUAAUGCGAUCCAGACAUUUAUUAAAUUUAAUUUAGGUGAGUUAGAAAACUUUAAGAAUACAAUAACAACCAUCAAAGAUGUUUCUAUAUUAAUUAAAUAUAAAAUUAUGGAUCUAAAUUCGAGUCAAUUCUUCUUCCAAAAAAAUACAUUGAAAAUUGGUAUCAAUAAUCUUUCUGAAAUAUUAAAAUACUAUUCUACACAGAAGCCUCUAAUAACUAAUGCAUAUACAUCUCGAAAAUUUUAUGAUUACAAUAGCUACGAUUACAAAGUUGAAUUUUUGAAUAAAUUGCUUGAGAAUUUAAUCUUUUUUGAAAAACUUGUGUGCAAAUUGUAUUACGAUUUUGAGGAUUUAUCAAACGGUACCAUUAAAACUUGGUGGUACCACUAUGGUAGACUACUCGACUAUGAAGCUCAAUACAAUAAACAUUAUCCUAAUAGAAAAAUCGAUAUAAAUAAUAAUUUUGAAAGUUUUAACACAAUGUUUGAUAAACGCGUUAAUUUUGACAGUAUAACCCACUUUGAAAGAAACAUUAUUUUAAAUAUCAAAAAUACCUCUACUUUAUUAAGGAGGUUUAAUAAUAAAAUAAAAUUUCUACACGAAAAUUUAGCAAUCGAAUUAAAUAAUUUCAUGAACUUUAAAAAUAAAUUUAUUAGAGAAUACAUCAUAAAAUUUUCUACAAUUGAAGUCAUAAAAAUACUAAAAGAUAAUAUAAUUUAUAUGGACUCUAUUAUAGCUAGAUUUCAAAUAGCUACAGACUACAUGAAAAAGAACUAA